CAUAGGAUUUAAAGGUAACCCUUUUACUUGGUCCAAUAAACGAGCUAGCCCAAACUUAGUUAGAGUCAGAUUGGACCGAUUGUUGUGCUCGCCAUCAUGGAGAGUGAUGUUUGGAGAAGCGGUAGUUUUCCAUGAAAAGAUGGUGGCUUCGGACCACUGCCCAAUCAGAAUUGAUCUCUACUAUAAAGAUAAUAGAAGAAGAAGAACACCGUUCAGAGUGGACGAGAGAUGGCUGGAAAAAGAGGGAUGCAAGGAGAUUGUUUGCAGGGAAUGGGAACCGGGAGGGCUAUCUAGCAAUCAGCUUAAUAAAUGCGAGAGAGAAUUGAAGGCAUGGGCGAAAGAUUUCCAUAGGAAUAGCAUCCUCAGGGAGAGAGAAAUUGUGUCCAGACUUGAUAUUCUCCAGCAACCCCCACGAAUUCCAGAGAAUGUGGAGGAGGAGAAGAUCCUCAUAGCGGAAUUGACCAGAAUUUGGCUUGAGGAGGAAGCUUUUUGGAGUCAGUGCUCAAGAGUUGCUUGGCUUCAAAAAGGGGACCAAAACACUUCAUUCUUCCAUUCUAGCACCAUACACAGAAAACAUAGAAACAAAAUACUUCGCCUCAGAAAUGAAGUGGGGAAUUGGGUGGAAGAUGAGGCAGGGCUGAAGGGUAUGUCGGUUGGUUUCUUCAAAGAUCUGUUCAAGGCUAGAGAUUCAAUAGAGUUUACCCACCUCCUUCAGGGAUUCCCAGCGAUGGUAACAGGGGAGAUGAAUGAGGAUCUAUGUGCAAAUGUGACCAGGGAAGAGAUUAGGAGAGCAGUGUUCUCACUUGGAGCGAGAAAGGCACCGGGACCAGAUGGGUUCUCGGGUAAAUUCUACAGAAAAUACUGGGAUACUAUUGGGGAAACCCUCUGUAGAGAAGUUGAGGAAUUCUUUGAUUCAGCUAGCAUGCCAGAAGGGUGGAAUGAUACGCACAUUGUGAUGGUACCGAAGGUGGACCAACCAGAGACAAUAAGCCAAUUCCGACCCAUCAGCUGCUGCAAUUUCAGGUACAAAAUCAUUUCUAAGAUUAUGUCUACCCGGCUGAAGAAAUGGACACCAGAUUUGGUCUCAGAGCUCCAGACAGCCUUCACAGGCGGUCGCCUCAUCCAAGAUAACAUUAUUAUCGUUCAUGAAACACUACACCAUUUUAAGAAUCAUAAGCGUGGCAACAGAAGGGAUAUGAUGAUGAAGUUGGAUAUGAAAAAGGCUUAUGACAUGGUUGAGUGGGAUUGUCUGGAGACUCUCCUAAGGCAAUAUGGGUUCGACGAAAGAUGGUGCAAAUGGGUCACCGCCUGUAUCCGGACUGUUAGCUUCUCAGUUUUAUUCAACGGAGAAGCCUCAGAGAGAUUCUGUCCCUCGAGGGGCAUUAGACAAGGAGACCCUCUAUCCCCUUUUCUCUUCAUCCUUAUGUCAAAUGCACUCACAUUCCUGAUUGACAAAGCGGUGAGGGAAGAACGGAUCAAGGGAAUCAAGCUCAACUCCAGAUGCCCUACUCUCACCCACUGUCUCUUUGCGGAUGACACGGUCAUUUUUGGGAAAGCUAACAUCCAAGAGGCUGGAAGAAUUUUGGAGGUCAUCAACGACUAUGGGGCAAUUACUGGGCAAGAAGUAAACAUUCACAAAUCCUCUAUUCUCUUCAGCGCGAAUGUUCCAGUUGAAGAGAAGAAUGAUAUCAUCAAUCACAUUGGUUUUGCAUCCUCCAAUUGCCAUUCUAAAUACCUUGGAGUCCCGACUGAAUGGGGAAAUUCAAAGAAGGAAACAUUCUAUUUCCUUAUCCAAAGGAUGGAAAAGAUGGGGGAAGCGUGGAAGAGCCUACUUCUUUCACAUGGAGGGAAGGAAGUCCUCCUCAAGUCGGUUAUCCAAGCCAUCCCUUCGUUCAUCAUGUGCCUGUUCCUUCUACCAGUCUCACUGACGAAAAAAAUGGACUCUCUCCUUAGCAAUUUUUUCUGGUCAGGAUCAAUGCAGAAAAGCAAUCUCCACUGGUGCAGGAAGGAGGUUCUCUGUACCCCAAAAUCAGAGGGAGGUUUGGGUUUCCGAAGCUUCAGAGACUUCAAUCUGGCCUUGCUUGCCAAACAAGCUUGGAGGCUUAUGAACAACACUGAUACACUUUGGAGUCGUCUUAUCAAAGGACUUUAUUUCCCUAGAGGCAACUUCCUCUCGGCUAAAAAAGGGAGCAAACCAUCUUGGAUCUGGGCGAGUCUGUGGGAGUCUAAAAAGGUUAUUGAUCUGGGAGCUGUGAGAGUCAUCGGAUCAGGAGAUGAUACAUGGAUUGAGCAAGAUCCGUGGGUUCCCUUCCUUCCCAGAGCAUGCAUUCAGAGUGGCCCACAAAAUCAUGCAAAAGUCAGUUCCUGGAUUGAUACGGAAAGCAGGAAAUGGAAUGAUGAGAUGCUACAGAGACAGGUCUCUCCUACAGAAAGAGAUGCUAUUUUGAGAGUUCCGAUUGGGGAGGAGGACACUAAGGAUUUCUGGGCGUGGAGGUUUAAUGAUGAUGGGAAGUUUACAGUCAAAACAGCGUAUCAUGCGGUCCACUCUGCAGUCACGGAUCACCAAACGAUGAACAAUGUGGAGAAAUGGAAAUGGAUGUGGAGUUUGAAUAUCCCGCCUAAGCUCAAGUUCUUCGUCUAGAGAUGUGCCAGGAACGGACUAGCAACAAAAGAGAGACUGCUUCACAGGAAAUGCUCUCCUAAUGCAACGUGCCAAGUGUGCCAAUGGCCGAAUGAGUCCCUCUUCCAUUGCAUCUUUCAGUGCCCCCAUGCGAGGGAAUCAUGGGAAGUUAUCUUCCCAAACCUACCAUUGCCAGCUCAGUAUACUACUUUCCUUGACUGGUUGUACCUUCUAAAGGACUCUAUCCAACCAGGAGCCCUCACCCAUGCUAUUUUCCUUUGCUGGAAUAUCUGGAAGGCUAGAAAUGAAUGUGUGUUCAAGAA